ACUAGUAAUAACAAUACCUAUUCAUAAUCAUAAAAAUUUGUAGGAAAAUGGAACUAAAGUUAUACGACGUGGUAUUGGUCAUAUCUUGUUACCAAAAAAAUCAACGUUCUCAAAAGAGCUACCCUUAUCCUCCCAACAAAGGACACAACACUCGCCAAUGGCGUCAAUGGCACUUUCAAUUGCUUCUUCUUCUUCUCUCUCUUGCUCUCGUUCAUGUUCCCCAACUGCCAUUCCCCUCGCUUCACCCUCUUCCUCCAUCUCUCUCACCUCAUCAAUUCAACCACUCAUUUAUUGCGGAAGAGGAGACAAGAAGACUGCUCAAGGAAAGCGAUUCAAUCACUCAUUUGGGAAUGUGAGUUUUCCUGUUUUUCUCAAUUUUAGGGUUUCGAAUUUCAGUCUAUUAAUUGCUUGCGCAAGGCCAUGGAACAACACCAAGGGCGGAGGACCACCGAGGAUGCCGGUGCCACCAGCUUCACCACGGAAAGACCGCUUCGACGACGGUGAGGUUGUUAAGAUAGAGAUCGAUGAGUCUAUCUUCUCUAACUAA